UCAAGCAUGAGUUCCUCUUUCCCAUCUAAAAUCCAGGCCAAAAUGGAACUGGCCAAGAACAUAAAGGAAGAGGAGAAGCUCUACAGGUACAAUGGAAUUCUCUAUCCAAUCAUUAUGAGUCCAGAAGAGAAUCUCAAAGCCCUGGAGUCCCUGGAGGCAAGACCAGAUGAUGUCAUGCUAGUAGCUUACCCAAAAUGUGGCUUCAACUGGAUGGUUGCAGUGCUACGCAAAGUAAUGGCAGCUGCAUCUGGCGAGAAAGUGGAAUCCAAGAUGCCUCCUCUUAUUGAAUUCUUUGGACCAGAAAUGCUGCAGUUGCUUCAACAGGCUCCAUCACCCAGAUUUCUUGGUACCCAUAUGCACCCUGACAACAUUCCUCCAUCUUUCAAAGAAAAGAAAACAAAGAUGCUGGUCAUCUUCCGAAACCCAAAGGACACAGCUGUUUCAUUUUAUCACUUCUCAAAUAACAACCCAGUUCUACCCACUGCACUAUCUUGGGACAGCUUCUACUCUGAGUUUAUGAGUGGUGAAGUCCCAUGGGGAUCAUACUUUGAUCAUGCUGUAGCCUGGGAGAAACACAUUAAUGACCCUAAUGUAAUGACUGUGACAUAUGAGGAGCUAAAGCAGGACCUCAGUGGAGGUGUGCGACAGGUCUCAGAGUUCUUUGGAUUUAGCUUAACUGAUUCUCAGGUCCAGACCAUUGCUGAGGAGAGCACUUUCCAAGCUAUGAAGGAAAGCUCACAGGAUUCUCAUGGACAGAUGGGCAACGUCUUCUUUAGGAAAGGGGAGAUUGGAGACUGGAAAAACCAUUUCAGCCAGUCCCAGAGUGAAGAAAUGGAUGCUGCUUUUGAGAAGCAUCUGGCAGGGACUCAACUAGGUGCAAAACUUAAGUAUGAUGUCUACUGUAAGUGGUGA